AUGGGGAUGUGUGAAUCUUUGAUGGUUAGUGAUGAGUUGAAGGAUCAGAUCAAAGUGAACAGAGAUAUCGAGAAAACACUGGAGAAGAAGAAAACUACAAUGCUCGAGCAGUCAGUACUUCUUAUUGGACCGGGAGAAAGUGGAAAGAGUACGGUCAUGAAGCAAAUCAGAGCAAUGAGCGGAACAUACACAAAAUCUGAACUACAGGAAAGGAAAAUACUAAUUUUGAGGAACUUGUUCGAAUUCUCAGAGAUGCUUUUAGACUAUUCGAGAGAGCAUUACUUUGAGAUAACUGAAGAAGAGAUCAAGAAGUAUAUUGUGAUGUGUGAAGAGCUGAAGCUAUCUGUGAUACAAGAUGGUCAGAUGAAACCCGAGUUAGCGGAUACUCUGAAAACAUUCUGGAACCAUAAGGCAAUUCAAGAAGCGUAUGGAAACAGGAACAAGUUCCAUUUGACGGACAGUGCUGGAUACUUCUUCGAAAACAUAGAUCGAAUUAAAAUGCCAGGUUUCGAACCGAAUAAUCAAGACAUCGUUCAUAUCCGAGUACCGACAAGUGGAGUUGUCACUGCUGAUGUGAUACUGAAAAAUAUCAAACUAUGUGUGGCGGAUUGUGGAGGACAACGGUCGGAGAGGAAAAAAUGGUACCACUAUUUUGAUGACUCUCAUGCAGUUCUAUUCGUCGCUGCAAUCAGUGAAUUCGACCAGCGUCUAGUUGAAGAUCCUGAUGUUAAUCGUAUGAAAGAAGCAAUUACACUAUUUUGGAGCGUCUUCAAUGGAAAGUUUUUCCACAAGUCUGCCGUUAUUCUCUUCCUCAAUAAAAUUGAUAUUUUCCGAGAAAAAGUCAAAACUGUUCAAAUCAAAGAUUUUUUUCCCAAGUUUGAAGGUCCCAAUACUGUUGAAGAAGGCUCAAAAUUCUUCAGAAGGCAAUUCAGAGAAGGAAUUCACGCGAGCUUCAGAAAGAGAAUGUAUUGUCAUGAGACUUGUGCGAUCUCGGAUCAAGUUCAAAUAAUUAUCAACACUGUGAUUGAUACAGUCGUUCAAGAGAAUCUGAAAGAUACGGGAAUGAUUUAA